GAAGUGAGCGUACACAUACGUCCUACAUGUAUCUCGUGAUGGAGGCCUGUCCGGGACACCCGGCGCCCCGACGCGACGAUGGACCGCGAAACACAUUCCCCUCCCUUCGCCAAUCCCCCGUUACCACGACGGGCGAGGCAACUCCGCUGUCUGUCCAGAAAGAAGACCCAAUAAGAGUGAUAAAAGUGAAAAGUUCGGCCGGGAUUUGGCCGUGGCCGCGGCGGAAAGGCACGAGAUGGGGAGCUGAUUUUAAAUCCUAUCGUAAACACGCUCUUCACAGAGACUCUCAACAUUGUUGAGGCAUCCUGGUGGAUGUUACCCAAUGCUUCUUUUUUACCCCUUUCGCGGUCAACGCGUGGCGCCGUGCAAACCAGAGAGAAAAAGAGGCCAGAUGCUAGAAGCGUGAAAAAGCAAAGACAAACAUCUUUCUUAUAGAAUACAGUUUGGAUACAACUGCAGCUCUCGAGAAAUUAAUGUUUGAUGACCUUUACGCGGCGGGAGAGAUUAGGCGAAUUAUAGGCGCCAGUGCAGAGAUAGAUGCCAUGGGAGCCAAUGUAGAAUAGCUUAAAGAGGAUAUAAGGCGAGUCGAGGUGGCGCCAAGCUCAAGAAUUUGUAUGGCAUACCUCACUGUUAAGCAAAGGUCAAAAGUUAUGAGCAAUCGGUCCGUUUAUCGUGCAAACACACGCUUGCAGCGUGUAUGCAGUGCGAUAGACGACGAGAGGGAGAGGUUGAUGAAUCCUCCGCCGAAGCAGCUGAUCCAACGAAAACUUCUUCGUAUCCAUCACAGUCUAUGAGUGAAAAUGAGAGCGUAACUUCCGGAAAAAUGAGACAAACGUAAAAAGAGAUAGAAGCUUUGCGUGCCUAACUGGAUUUAAGUAAGUGCGGUAGCCACGGUGAGGGAGUAUGUAAGAAUCAGGAACAUACCGUGGGGCACGAUAAGGAAGAGAACGAUAGGGAGCAACGAGGCAAACAACAAUGGGGAAGGAGGAACGAGAAUACGCGUAGUACGGGGUGCAGUGGUAAGAACGCAGAGGAAGAGCAGCAGAGAGCCGGGUCGGGCCGAGCUGGGCUGUUCACUCAUUCGCGAGCGGCCGGUAGAAAAAGAAGAUGAGCUCGUCGGUGUACGUACGCGCGUAACGUACGACGGAGGGAGUAGUAAAAAGAGCGAAGAAGAGCUCUCCGGAGGGAGACCCUCGCGCGGCGCCACGGUGGGUGCCGACACGACGACUAUAAGUAAGUCUCGCGCGGCGCGCCGCGACUUAAUGCUGCCGUUGCCGCGUCCGUGGCGCCAGGAAGAAGGUUCAUUGGCGACGACGAUAAGCUUCCUUUUCCCGGCCGGCCUUUGCGGAGACAACGAAGAAGACAGAAAGAGAGAAGCGCAGUAAACUUAUAUUCCAUAAGAUGUGGAUCCAGCUACAGUACAGAUAACACGUGGUUGUCAUUUGCUGCUGCUGUGUCAGUUCUUUCUGCCAGUGAUCGGCAGUGUGGCAGUGUCUAAACGCGGAAUAAUAUCGCGGACAAUUGCCGAUGUUCCGUGCUAUGCAAGAUUAUAUCAACGUUUGCGUUUUUUAAUGAAAAACAAUUAUACGAUUUUUCGCAAAAUUCAUACACAUUGUACGUAUCGAGUAUCGCGGAGGAGGACGCUCAUUCUUGAAAGUGAUCACGCAGGGGUGGUGCGCGCGAUCAUCACGUUUCUCAUCACGAUCACGGUAUUCUUCUCACCAUUUUUUGCGAUUGUUCUGUAAUCACGCGUUGUAAUUAACCGGCAACAUGUCCGGCAUUCUCUAUACGUUGUUGGGCCUCGCAGCCAGCGCGAGCCUUCAUUGCGCCGUGCGCCGCGAAAUCAGUCCAUGCACCUGCCGACAAGAAGAGUUUUCCAGUCCCGUUAUCAACCAGCCACAGACCGCGGCGACGACCAUGGCCAGCGGUAAUGUCAACGCGAACAACAAUGCCGGGGGUGGCGGUCACCACAUUGGGGAACGUAUCGAGGUAAUGUGCGAGAAGAUGAAGUCAUUCGAUCAGCUGGCCGAGGCGCUAAGGGGAAAAUUUACUCCUGAACAGCAAAUCACCUUACGGGUAGCACAUUCGAAUCUGCGCGAUAUAUCGCGCCACGACUUCAAGCAGUUGCGUAUGUCGAUCACCCGGCUCGAGCUGAAUCACGAUCAUCUGGGGGUCGUGGACGGCGAUGUUUUCGCCGGUCUGGAUCGGACGCAGUACUUGAGUCUCGCGGACAACGAAGUACCAUCGAUACCGAGGCACGUCCUGUUGCAUCUCUCGCUACUAAGGACUCUGGAUCUCAGCAGGAAUCGGAUAAGCCGUAUCGAUUCGGAUGACUUCAAGUAUAAUCCGAUGCUUCAACACUUGGCCAUGGCCGGAAAUGCAAUCUCCGAGAUGACCCCGGGUUCGCUGCCGCCUCUAGUCAAGCACUUGCACGUCGGCAGAAAUCAUUUGAACAGUCUGAAUCAUACUCUAAGGGAUCUAAAUCAACUUGAGUGGUUGCUCAUUAAUUCUAAUGAGCUCACGUCACUCGACGGCGAGCUACCAUCGUCCGGUCACAAUCUCAAGAUGCUUUACGCCGUGGAUAACAAACUGACACAUCUGCCGGUCGAAUUCCGAUAUCUUCACCGUCUGGAGACUCUCUUCCUCCAACACAACAAGAUCCGAAAUCUUGAUGGCACUUUGCAGAAGGCCAGACGUUUGAAGUUUCUAGAACUCUCGUACAACGAGCUGCAAGAGCUGAACGAGAACGAUUUCAUAGAGGCCGAGAUGCUAGAAGACCUCGAGCUUGGACACAAUUCUCUUAAGUCCUUGGGUGGCGCGGACGGCGAUGGGAACGGUAGUAGCGCCCUUUAUCCCCUUAGAUCGUUAAAGUGCCUGAACUUGACGCACAACGAACUUCGCGAGUUCUCUCUGGCUUCCUUGCGCGGUUUGCGCGAGCUCAGGUUGCUCGAUCUGUCUAAUAAUCGAAUCGUCAAAUUGCACAGAGGAAGACCAUCCUCCGAGAAUCUAGUGGAGGAGGAGGGCGACGAUAUUGCGGGUGGCAAUAUCCAGGAUCUGCGUCUUCAGCAUAAUGAGUUACGCAGUUUGGACGGCUCCUUAUUCUUGGGCAUGAAGGAACUACAAAGGCUCAAUCUCAGUCACAAUGCACUGGGUCCCACGAUCGGGCCACGCGACUUACGCGGUCUCGAUGCGCUUCGCGUGCUCGAUAUCUCGCACAAUCAGCUCAUCACUCUUGAAGAUACAUCAGAGACAUGGCUGCCGUCCUUGGAGGAACUGAAUGCGUCGCACAACCGUCUGGUCACAUUGUCCGGCCGAGACUUUCGUGGUUUUCCGGUGCUCUGUUGGGCCGACGUCAGCAUGAAUCAAAUACGUAUUCUCAUGCCGGAGCUGGUGGCUAAUACACGAUGCACGAUUCACGGGGUCCCUGAUGUACUACGUAUAUAUCUUCAAGAUAAUCCCGUGCUGUGCGACGCCGGACUGGCCGACUUGACCGUCGCGCUUGAGGUAAAUCACGCUAAAGUUUAUGGUGUCGGCAAUGAUUGCCCAACCACGACGACAUUGGCACCACCGAUGGCAGUCGAAUUGACAUCGGCACUGCCAUCAGCACCGCUUCCGCCGACGCUAUUGUUGGCCGCUGCGGCGGCUGCCUCCGGCGGCAAUGUGUCCUUCGCUGCCACCCUCGAAUAAGAAAAUUGCAUCGCCGCAUGGUGCAUGGUGGCUAUACGAAAAUAAUAUUCGCGCGAGCAUCCAUAUCCAGCAUGAUGAGAAAGAAAGAGAAAGAAAGAAAAAGAGUAAGAAAAGGCAAAGUACGAAGAAGGGAUCGGUGUAGAGAAAAUAUCGUGCCGUAUCAGAGAAUAUCGUGCGACAAUUCGUUAAACGUUGUCUUCGUUGGAUGAGGAAAGAUGAGAAAAGCGAGAAAGACCAUCAAAGUAUACGAACAAAGUUCGAUCAUCGAAAACGGAUAUGCCAUCUCUGGAUAUCCAUUAGUAGUGCAGUAAUGAAACGGAUUUGAUGUUAUUCCGAGCACUCUCGGUAACUUUUGUUUUCUCCGCGAUUGUGAGGAUGCGAUGUGUUUAUGUAUCUAUCUACAUAUGCGUGUGUGCAGAUGGAGAAACGAUUUUGUGAUCAACGUUUUUCGUAUGAUCGUUGAAGGAAAUAUUUUUUUUUAGUCAUCAUCAAUCCCGGAGCAGAUUCAUACGUAGCUCCGAUACGCUUAAGACAAUCUUGGAUGUUUAAAAAUCCGUUGAAUAUCGCGACAAUAAUGUGAGGAUCAUGUUUGUUCAAUAUUGGAGCAUAAUCUCGAAAUGAUUCGGAAAAAUUAAAAAUACAAUGGAGUUCACAGUCGUAGGAAACGAGUGUACGAUUGGGUACAAAAGAAUCAUUACUUUUCCGUUUAGCAAUAGAUGAAACCCUUACAUUGUAAAUAGUCUAUAACAGCGGAAAGUCUCGUUUACGUAUAGCAGUAAGCCGUCUUUAAUUUAGCAUUCCUUUUUGUCAAAUUAAAUACGAAGUAUAUAGAGAAUAGCUAAUAACGUAUUCGUAGCUGAACGAAGUAUCAAUUUAUUCGCAAAAUCUAUUUUCAGCAUCAAUUCGCAAUACAUUCUCGCAUCCGCUUAUUGUAUGGACAUAUUUUUUUCAAUUCAAGACAGGACAAAUUCAUGUUUGCUACAAUAUACAAAUCAUAUGUUGAACAUUAUCAUAUUUCAAAAAAGAAUAUCUCAAGUAUCCGCGCGUCCGUGUGUUUCGAGUGCACGCCGCAGAGAUGCUAAUCAUCGCUUUUUCACAUUAGGUUUAAGUUUCCGAUAUAUCGCAUAGCGGAAUGAUGGUCUGAGUGGAGAAAAACGGCCGCAGCUUCUACAAUAUAAUUCACAGAAGACUUCGGUCUUCAAUCGAAUUCCUGGUCAUGUGUAUGCGAAUGAAUUGCCGACAGGUCAAUGGAGCAAAUGAAAUCUGUUAACUUGUCCCACCGGCAUGAGCAGAUUGGCAGUGGGCGAUCAAUUGACUCUUUCGUUAACUCGUGCCAAUAGGGACGAAUUGUUAUCAGCAUGCCUCAACGCAUACAUAAUGUAUCAGCCCGUUUAUCCGCGGUGUAGUCAUAGUAUUCAGCUAUUUUACAUGUGCGCGUAGAUAAUAUUAAAAUAAAUAUGGCAUAUGUAAAAUAUUCGUUUAAAAAUUUGUAUAAAAAUUCGUAUAAAAAUAUGCGAAAGAAAGUGCCGCGAAAAAAACAUUUUCUGCCAAAAUCAACAAUGUAACAGUUGUACUAAUUGUAAAUCGAAGAAUUAAAAAUUUUUGAUUAUGUCAUAAUUAAUAUCAAACGUAGCAUCGCAAAUAGCAUGAAAGUUUAGAAGAUUUAUAUAAAAAUGUGCUACGCACAAAAGAUGUUAUCUCAAAUUGAGAUCAAAACAUUAAAGUUAACUAUAAACUUUUAAAUGGAAGAAUUUCUCCUUCAAGUUCUUUUAACACAUUGGAGAAGGCAACCAAUAGCAUGACUAGUAGUUUAAUUAAUUAAAAUUCGAAAUCAAAAAAUAAUUUAUCUGUUUUGUAUAUUUUAAUGAAAGAUUCGCAUCAAUUUAGAGAGAUAUCGCGAGAAUUGUGAAAUAGUUGAUGAAGUAUUAUUACAAAUUUUUACGUAAUACCUAUCUAAUAAAUUAUGCACAAAUAUUUGCAAAUACAUCUCAGCAAAUAUCAUCAAAGGUGAUUAUUAAUGUGUAGUACAUUUGUCUAAAUUUAUAAGUGAAUUUCCCGUGAUGUCUGCAAAAUGAUGCAGUACUAUAUAUAGGUACCAUUUAUACAUAUGUAUAUGUGUAUGUAUGUAUGUAUGUAUGUAUGUAUGUAUGUAUGUAUGUAUGUAUGCACGCACGCACGCACGCACGCACGCACGCGCGCGCGCGCGCGCGCGCACACACACACACACACACAUACACACUUAUAAAAAGACAAAGUAGAAAUGUUUAUAUAAUUUUAGCAUCUAAGUUAUUUAUCUGCAUUGUGAUUUACACUCUCUUUUCCAAUAUUUUAUCUUUUGCUUAAAUCUCAGAAACAUUCACAAGAAAACUCUUGUAACAAAUUUAAUAAAAAUUGAUGUGAAGGGAAAACGGAAAAAAGAUAUUGAUGUAAUGCUAAAAUAUUCAUAUAAUUGAAUAUUUAAAGAAAUAUUUGAACUUUUAAUAAGAACUAUACUACGAGGAAUAGAAUUUAAAAAAGUAUAUUGUUUUGUAUAAAAUACGCUUUCUAUAAGUUCUCAUAAUUACUUGUGUUUGUUUUAUGAUUUUUUUUAGUUUUUAUGUAUAAUAUUUUAGAAAUAUACUUCGUAUCUCGUACAAGAACAAAGUAAUAUCCAUUACUUUGGUAUGUCCAGAA